AUGGCCACAGCUACUGCAAGCUCAUACAAGCACACCAAAACUGCGCUUGGGGACUCGCCCAAUUCCUGUGUGAGUAGUGCACCCUCACGUUCCGGCGUCGAGAAUGUUUCUGUGAUGGAGUGUGGCUAGCCGAAUGUAUGUAGGCCUCUCCCUUCUUUUCGCCCGCGAGAGCCCGGCCAACCGGACAGCGGAUAUGCGAGCGAAGCACGUUUCUUUCGAAUUUGCAGUCAUCCCUCUCCCAAGCCGUGCUACACACCAGAUUUUUGUCGGGUGGGUCAACCUCUGCUCUUCCGAAGAAGCAGGCACCUUUCCUGCGCGUAUAG